UAUUAAACUCCGUCCUUCAGUGGCCGGGCGCAGAGAGCACAGUCCAGGCUACGAGGAUGGUUUGUGUUCACACACUGUUGCGCCUUCCAGGAUACUCCGGUUAAAAAAAAUAAUUAAUAAUAAAAAAAAUGUUAACCUCAGCUUUCACUCCUUUAUAGGAAAAUUGGCUCUGCUUUUCCUCUCUCUUUACUGUGCGCAGCACUUAAAGAUUUUUUUAAGUGAAAAGCGGCGGAGAAGUUGUUCGUCAUUUACCGAGGGUGAUCAGGUGUGACCAUGGCCUACACACUGGGCUUGGCCACUGAUGGCCAGAAGCGCAGUGUCGGACCUCAGCACUGUGUCACUCGGGUGGAGUUGUCGGUCACCGCGUCCAGCCUGCUCGAUCGAGAUGUAGCCUCCAAGUCGGAUCCAUUCUGCGUUCUCUUCCACGAAGUGGAUGGAAACUGGGUGGAGCUGGGACGCACUGAAACAGCUGUGAACAACUUGAAUCCAGUGUUUGGGGUGAAGUUCCAGGUGGACUACCACUUUGAAGAAAUCCAGAAACUUCGCUUUGCCAUGUUCGAUGAAGACAAGUGUGCCACACAGCUCGACGAGCACGACUUCCUGGGAGCAUUUGUUUGCACACUGGGAGUGAUUGUGUCCAAUAAGAAACUUCACAGACCCCUGAUCUUAGCCAAUGGGAAGCAAGCUGGCAAAGGAUCCAUUACAAUAACAGCGCAGGAGUUGUCUGACAACAGAAUCAUCACUUUGACCCUGAGUGGGCGUAAACUGGAUAAGAAGGACUUCUUUGGGAAGUCAGACCCUUACCUGGAGUUUCACAAACAGGGAGAAGAUGGUAAAUGGAUGCUUGUGCACAGGACAGAGGUCAUAAAGAACACUUUAGAUCCAGUGUGGAAACCUUUUACCGUGCCUCUCAUUUCUUUGUGCAAUGGAGACGUGGACAGAAGCAUCAAGGUGCUGUGUUAUGACUACGAUAAUGAUGGAGGACAUGACUUCAUUGGAGAGUUUCAGACCACAGUUGCAAAGAUGAGUGAAGCCCAGAACUCAGUGGAGGUGGAGUUUGACUGCAUUAAUCCCAAGAAACAGAAAAAGAAGAAGAAUUAUAAAAAUUCUGGAGUUAUCAUUGUCAAGUCCUGCAAGAUUACAAGGGACUACACUUUUCUGGAUUACAUACUGGGAGGAUGCCAGCUCAUGUUUACAGUCGGUAUAGACUUCACGGCAUCCAAUGGGAACCCCCGAGAACCGUCCUCCCUCCACUACAUCAACCCACUGGGCAGCAACGAGUACCUCGCUGCCAUUUUAGCUGUGGGACAAAUCAUACAGGACUAUGAUACUGACAAAAUGUUUCCAGCUCUGGGAUUUGGAGCCCAACUCCCACCAGACUGGAAGGUGUCACAUGAAUUUGCCAUCAACUUUAACCCAACAAACCCUUUCUGUUCAGGUGUGGAGGGCAUUGCCCAGGCCUACUCUGCGUGUCUCCCUCACAUUCGUUUCUACGGUCCGACAAACUUUGCUCCAAUCAUCAACCAUGUAGCACGUUUUGCUUCUCAGGCCCUUCAACAGGAGAAAGCAGCGCAGUACUUUACACUGCUCAUUAUAACAGACGGUGUCAUCAGCGAUAUGGAUGAGACGCGCGACGCUAUUGUGCAGGCAUCGAAGCUACCCAUGUCCAUCAUCAUCAUUGGCGUGGGCAAUGCCGACUUUGCCGCCAUGGAGUUCCUGGAUGGGGACGCCAGCGUUUUGAGGUCCAGCACAGGAGAGGAGGCUGUUCGGGAUAUUGUGCAGUUUGUCCCUUUCAGGGAUUUCCGCAACGCGCCCAAGGAAACCCUUGCAAAGUCAGUUCUGGCUGAGCUGCCUCAGCAGGUCACCCAGUACUUUAAACAGCGGAAUCUACCGCCCAUUAACCCAGCACCAGAGUGAGACGCCCCGAAGACGAGAGCCCACAUGAGAUACAAGAGCUUGACGAAACCCCUCCUUUUUGUUAAUGGCAAACAAAACAGAACGAAACUGUACAGUAUAUGUCAGCAGUAGACAAAAAUUAGUUGUGGAAAAAAAAAAUCCAACGUUGAAGACAUCUCUAAGUUUUCACUGAUUAAAGAAUGUUUGGUCAGUUUUCAGUGUAAACCCAUCUGAAGUGAUACUCUUUCUUUCUUCAGUCUUUCCAGCACACAGAUCAGUGAUGAUAAUGUGUAGAGUACCUUGCAUGUCCAAAAUGUGCAGAUAAAAUGCAGGUGAAACACUGGCCUGUUUAGGGGAAAAUAAAUUAACUUAUCAGGAUGUAUUUUUUUUCUUUUGCUUUUUGCAUGUGUAUGUGUCUUGUGAUUGAUACCAUGUGAUACAUACAACUCCUUUGUGUGAAGUCCUCUUUAAGCUGAACUGUAUCAGUGGUUGAUUCCUCUUUAUUCUUGUACCUUUUGAGGUAGCAUAUCAGAUGAAAGCUGUUUGCUUUUGUGCUCAUGUGUGAUGGACUCAUACACUGAGUCUCAACAGAGCAGCAUUUAUUUAACCCUCCAGGGGGAAGGGUUCUGUUUAAAAGUUUUGAUCAGCAGUUAUCUGGGAGGCAGAUUUAAUGCUCCACUAUCCUUGGUGAAGUAAAGAGGACAUAACCAGAGAAGAAUGAGGCAUACUGGCAGCUGUAGCACUACCACAGGACAGAUGUUGGACACUGAGUGUAUUCAGUAGGCCGUUUUGCUAGCUUUUGCAAAAUCCGUGUAUUUUACUUAUGACUUAAGUUCAUCCUGCAUGUUGCCAGUAUCUACUCACUGUUUACAAACUGAUGAUCACAAAUGCAUGAUGGGUUUUUUUCCUCAAAUUAUGUACUUACCAGAUUUUGUAAAUAUUUUAUGAGAUUCUGUUGCAAAGAAAGUAUUACGUGAUAAAGACAGAGGCUGCAGCUGUCACAGCCUUAAGAACUGGAGAGGGCAGAGAGAGCAGAGAAGGUUCUGAUAUGCAUAUAUCGAAUGUAUAUUUCUAUGACACUGUUUAUGUUAUAAGAAGCCAAUGUUUAUGCCAUGUUUUUAAUGUACUUUUUAUGCAGUGCUAAAUCGUGUAAUUAAACUGAAAUGUGUAUUGCUGUGCAUCUUUGUACUAAAUGUGUUGCUAUUAAUUUUAUAAAGUUGUGUCUAUGUCCACACUCAGGAUAAUAAAGUAAAGGAAAAGUC